AUGGCUAAAACGACGCGACAAAUGCGUCAAAAUGAGGAACAUUACGUUGCCAAGAUGAACUUCCGAAGUGAGAAGAUUCUACAAAGUCAAAUUGAGCGCUUGAACAGAGAGAAAUUACUGCAAGUGAAGAGUUUAAACGCUCAAAUGAGGACAUACGAGAGAAAAUUACAGAAGAUUAACGAAAGAGCUGCCGAGGUGGAAAAACUUUCGCAGAACAUAGAUCCAUCUCAGCGUCUUUCAACGAGAGACCACUUCAACAAACUGAGCAACGAUGCCGUAAGGCAAAGACACUUUUCUACAGGUGUGGGUUAUUCGUACAUUGAUCAGCUGUUAGGAGCAUCAAAACCACUCGUCAAUAGACCAAUAAGAUGGGGAAUAAACCCAUCUUUACCAAGUCUUGAACAACAAACUGCUAAACCGAUUACUGUCGAGUCAGAUGCUGUCUUAGCGAAAGCAUUUAUGACGGAGAUUAAAGGUCAUCCUAUUUAUCUUCGACCAAGGGAAGCUGCGUACAUGAAAAAACAAAAGUCGGUUCCAUCUGCUUUAAUUCUGCCCCCCCUUCCAUUAAAACCCUGCGGGAAAGAGACUAUGGAACAACAGUCAAUAGAACAACGCAGAAAACCGCGAGAUUACGAAUUACAGGAAAAAGCUGAAAACAUUGCUUUGCUCGAAAAUCAAGAUGCAAAUUCACAACUUUCUCCAAUCCUUGAAAGCGAAGUUGAGGCAGAUAUUUCUGAAAUGAAACGAAGUGAUAGUAAAUUAGCUCCGAACGAAAAUGAACCAAUCGAUCACAUUUCCAAUACUGAAGGAAUGACGAAAGCAAAAGGAUCCCUUACAAUGGAGAAACCUGAGAUUGUUAUAGAGAGCAACGAGGCUUUGUCUUUAAAUAAGGAAAUAGCGAGCGAUGUUAGCAGUUCAUCUUCAUUGCGUGGACAUUUUAUCACGGAAUACGAAUUCCCAUCCCAUCAAAGAGUUGAUCAUUUUACCAGAAGCACUGAGACGUUGAAUGUUCAAACAGGUGAAAUUACAAAAUCUCCCAACGAAAACGAACCAAGCUCUUUCAAGUACCAACUACACUCCCGCAGAUUUUCAUUAUGAGCAACAACUUGUAACAAAGAAACACAUUUUAUGUGUAAGACUUCUAAAAUUUUAAUCGCUGUUUGAGAAUCUAUUAAUUAUUUUCUCCCAUGACAUUCAAAUGUUAAGUUUAUAGCGAAUUGUAGUAAGAUAUUUUCUACCACAUCGUGAAAAAGUUACAAAACCGUGAUGAAUCCUCCCGUGGUCUCGGAAAUAAAAUAAACAAAAGACUCGAAGCUUAUAUUGAUAGCAAUAGCUCAGUUAUUUAAUAAUAUAAAACGCCUCAAAGAUUUUUAGUCAUGCAGAGGCAAAGAUAAGUUAUGGCAGAGUACCUAUACCUGUUCAGCAGGUUUUCGCGCGUGGACUGAGCGCGCGUAAAUCGAUUUCAUUCCACGUAGUGCCUUAUUUUUUUUCUUGAUCGGGUAGAUCGAUACUGAUAGAUGCUCAGCGAGCAAGUAUAUGCUUAUUUAAUUUAAAUAAAGACUCGCCACAUGUAAGAUUUCGCCGUGGUCUUCCUUGAACGCGACACGCGAGUAUUGAAGGGUCGAACCAGGCGCGCUCGCGAUCACGAGACUUAUCUUGGGAUCUUACGAAUAAAACUUUGUUCUGGGAAAAACAGGAGUGCUUGAGCACCCGUCAAAAUCUGUAAAAUUAUUCUGUCAUGUUCAAGGCCCUCAGUAACAUACACGUACCACGCGAGUUGUCAUACAGGAGAGACACCUCACGAGCUGAACACACGCAAAAAGGGUGACAAGUUUCAGCGGAUUCAUUUCGCAAAAUAUGCCUCAAUUAUGAAAUCCACGUGCGUAUAUUGAACCUGCCUUGACAAUUAUUAUUUUCCCUUCGCAUAGUAAACACCGCACUUAAUUCCUCCACUGAAAAGCGAUCGAUUAAAAAAGCUGGCUAUCCAGCCACCUCCUAGUAAACAUGAAGAAUUCAUCGUCUCAGUUUAAGCGAGCUAAAUCUUUAAAAGAUAGCGAAAUGAACGGAGUGAAUGGAGAGUCCCCUCUGCACAAUUUCGUCAAAGCGAAGCAGAAGAUAAACGCUAUAUUUGGGGACAUCAGAGAGUAUCUUGAAGACUGUAACAAAUUCUUAGCUGAUUUCAGAAUAGCUGAUGAAAAUGAACACGACAUCAAGAAGUUCUCAAGCGAGGUAAGAUUGUCGAAUGUCGCGUUCAAGCUCCAUGAUAUUGAUGAGAAUUGGUAAAUUAAAUAUUGUUGAUCAUACAACCUUGUGGUUGUUUUUUAAUGGUUUUUGAUUUAUUUUUCUAUUACUUCAAAGCUGCCUUGAUUGAUACAUCGAUCAUAUACUUUCUUUAAUUAACUUUGCUAUGUUGUUUACAAUUUGUAGAUGUACAAUCCAGGAUUUUCAUGGAUUGUGCAUUCAGAUAUAUUGUACAAUAACAUUACAUAAUGUAGUUGUGUUCUUUACUUGUUUAACAAUAAUUCGGUUUGUUACGGACACUUUCUGUAGAUUCAUGCCAGUUUUUUUUUUGUUUUCCCUAAUUGUUUCUCCCAGUUAACACAAGACAUAUUGUCAAGACACCAAUUUUGCAAUCUUGGUAAUGGGCACUAUGAACGAAGUUCUGUGUACAACCCAUGCAUUUAUUCAUGGUACAUCUCACUUAAUGUACACUCUAGAUACCUGCACUGUCACUGUCAAUUUUUUUAUGUAAUUAAUUCUCAUUAAGUCAGAACUGAUUACAGCAUUUCUCUCACACAGGUGUUAGGCUAUCUGGCCCAGGUUUCAAGCAUUUCAGAGGUUCUAUUAAGGGAUCAGAUGAAGGUGGCAUUCUUUGGACGAACCAGUAAUGGAAAGAGCACUACAGUAAACGCCAUGCUACAAGAUAAGAUCUUACCAAUGGGUAUUGGCCAUACUACAAACUGUUUUCUCAGUGUACAUGGUUCAGAUUUACCGGAUCCAUAUAUCAUGGUUCCAGAGAGUAAUGACAAAAAGAGUGUGAAGGUAUGUCUUCUUAAAUAUUGUUGUAAGUUUCUCCUUUGUAAUAAUUAUAUGUACAACAUUUUUCUUGAUAGAAAAUUGUUGCAAUUCUCCUUUUUAAUAAUUAUAUGUGCCAAGUUUUCUUGAUUGAGCAACCAGUGCACUUAUUUUAAAAUCGGCCUGGUGAACAUGGUGUUUAUAAGCAACAGGAUGGUGUUUUAAUCAUGUAUGGGUGUGUCAACUUUUGAUAAUACCCAUACUUCAAGAGCAAGAGGUAGUUGGUUAAGAAAGCAUGAUUUUUCUCUGUCAGACUGUCACUUAGUCUUAACAAGGAUGUAUAUUUUUCUUACAAAUAUUUUAUGCAUAAGAUAUGAUUUACUGUUUAUGAAUUGAGUUUGAGUUUAGAUUAGCAUUGUAGCUAUUUGCAGGACAUGAAGUUUUGUAAACCUUAUAUUUCUUUAAAUAAAUACAUGUUUUCUGUUUGAUUUUUAUAACCUUAAAACAAAUAAAAGCUUAAACCUCAAUAAAAAAACUCCUUCUGUUUAAUUCUAAACUAGCAGUAUUUCUCUGGUGUUCAUAUGGUUUUUAACAGUUAAUGGAGUUUUGACAUUUAAUUAAGAAAAUAUCACUGGUACCUAUUUAGUUAAUUAUCUUAAAGCAGAAAAAUACUUAUGAAAUAUAUUAAAUAAUACUCCAGGUGAUAUAUGCACUAUAUAAGAUAAUGAAUAGUUAAUAUUGAUAACUACAUAUUUUUCUUUUUUGUCAUGGAAACAGUCACUAGGUCAACUUGCCCAUGCCUUGUGUGAAGAAAAGCUUGAUGCUAGUAGUCUUGUUCAAGUCUUCUGGCCAAAGUCCAGGUUUGAUUUUGUUUUGUAAUUAUUAUAUCAUUCACAUCUACUCACAGGUAACUGAUGUCCUGUCAGUCUAAGUGCAUUUAUUGUUAAACCUUGCAAAAUUUAUUUAUUUGUUGUAAAAGUAGAAUGUUGUGUCCUUUGUUGUACAUGAAUUUUUCUUUUCCUGGUUUAUUCCAAAAAGGUUAAGUUUGUCAAAUUUUUUUGGUUACAGAUUAAUUCUGUUAUUAUGCAUUACACUUGUUAUAAACAAGCUGAUUAGUCACGAGCAUUCAAUUAAAUAUCAUGUCAAGAAGUUGACAUGAUAACCCAAUAUUUGUAACAAACAUUGCAUUUGUCAUUUUGAGUUCAAAGUCUGCCUAGUUUCCAAGCCCUUUCCCAAACUUUUGUGAACCCAAAGAGAUGUGUCAUUUUUUCCAGUUUGUUUUAAAACUGUGGGAUAAAACAAUUAUUACUGAAUUCAGUUUUUACAUGAUAUCUUGAAUUAUUAAGCCUAGUGUCUAAAUUUGUAAUAUGCCACAGCCUUCAGUUUUGGCAGAUAACUCAGAACUUCGUCUUGAUUAUUCAAGUUACUAUGUUCAACUCCCUUCAGUAAUUGUUUAAUAUACGUACAAUAAAGUAUAAAGCUGUGUCAUUAGUUUUUCAUUGACUGUCUUGUAAACAAAGGAAAUAUAUUUCUAGUGUUGAAAGAUCUUGGAUAGGCUGUCUCUUGUGUCUUAAAAAGAUGAAAAAAAAAAACUUUCCAAACACAGUACACAUGUUCUAGAUCAUGCAUUUCACAUUAGAUCAGAGGGUUUGUAUCAUUACAAGAAAGCUUUACCUGUACAUUGUUAUCACUUGUGACAGUCUCGUUCUUGUUUAAAAUGUAUUUUUUUUAACUUCAGAUGUAAAAUGUUGUCAGAGGAUGUUGUUUUGGUGGACAGGUAAGCAAAAUAAAAGUGAUGAAAUUUACAGUAUAAUUAACCUUUUGAGCAGUUAGAAUCUAAUUUCUCCUAACAAUUUCAGCCCUGAAUCACACAUUAAGAUCGCGAGAAUAAAGGAAAUGAUCACCAACUAAAGAAACUCUGGACUGUUAGGCAAAAUUGUCUUCAUCCACACCUUAGGGAAUAUAUAGAGAACAGUACAGAGAAUAUGCAUACUUAUGUUAAGGUGUGAAGGUUUCAGAGGAACAACAACACAAAAGAACAAGGAAACAGUGAAAAAAGUCGGUUAAUGAGGCAUUGCUCCACCAUGACAUGUCCUGUGUCUUCUACAUCAAGAAGAAGCCCAAAAACUGCCAUGUAAAUAGUCACAAACAACUGUUGUUUUAGUCCUGGUAUAGAUGUGAGCCCUGAUCUUGAUCUGUGGAUUGAUAAGCACUGUUUGGAUGCUGAUGUGUUUGUCCUGGUUGCUAAUGCUGAGUCAACACUUAUGGUUACGGUAUGUUGAUUCGUAACCAUUCAUGUGCUAUGUGUAUUAAGAUAAAACACAUACCAACUUUCAAUUUGAUUGAAUUUUUUUGAAAUUUCAGUUGCUUUUAAAUGUAAUUUGUUACAGGAGAAAUUUAUCUAAUGUGGUAGCUUUCAUAGAUUUAAUCUUCCCAUGUUUGUUUAGUGUCUCAUUUGGUGCCCUUUUCAUUUGCAGGAGAAAAACUUUUUUCACAAAGUGAAUCAGCGUCUUUCAAGACCAAACAUCUUCAUUCUAAAUAACAGAUGGGAUGCAUCUGCAUCUGAACCUGAUACGAUGGAGCUGGUGAGUAAGAACUUAUUUGUUCUUGAUAGCCAUUCAAAUUUGAAAUCAAAAGAUGUCAAAAAUGGAACCGAAACAUGGCAUUGGAGUUGCCUUUCAUUUCAGAUGCCCUCUUUAAUUGUGGUUUGGCAAGGCAAUAAAAGAAUGCACAUGUACAAUUGUUGCUGGAAAAAAAGGGACUGUAUCUUCCCUGCUUGAAGAAUCUUGCUAUAUAUUCAUAGUAGGGGAGUGGGGCUUAUAUAGAGGGGAAGGAUUAAGGUACAUGAUAAUGGGCGAGAAUGCCAACCAGUUAUCCCACCUCCUGGAUAACAACCCUUCUUCCCCCCACUAUCAUAUGAUGGCAAUAAGGUGUGCUUUUUAAAAUUUUUUCCUGUUCCCUUAAGGUGAAAGAUCAACAUCUCAGCAGGAACAUCAGUUUCCUUGUUGAUGAGCUCCAGUGUGUAGACAAAGGACAGGCAGAAGACAGAGUGUUUUUUGUCUCAGCUAAAGAGGUAGGCUGCUUGAUAUUUGAUAUCAGGGUUUACAAGGACCAAUUGCAAAUAACUUUGAACAAGUCAGUAAGUUUUUGUUACUGCUAUGCAAAGAGCAAUUUGGUACAGGACACAUCUCUUAAUUAAUUAAUUUAUUUAUUUUCCCAUGUUCUUUUCCUGUUUCUGAUUUACCCAGACCUUAAUGACCAGAAUGCAGAAACACCAAGGAAUGCCUCAAGGAGGUAUGUGGCUGAUUAAAAUACACAUUCUCUUGAAACAGUAAGAACACAUUCUUAACAAAUAAGUUUUUAAUAUUGAAGCAAGUAACCAACAUUGCCAUGUUGUUUUUCAGGUGGAGCCAUUCAUGUUGAAGGAUUUCCUGCUCGACAGUUGGAGUUUGAGAACUUUGAACGCAAAUUUGAGGUACUGUAGUUCCUUUUCAGGCUCACAACCCAGCAAACAGUUUUCAGAUAGUCACUUGUUAUUUGGUAGAUCACAUAUGAACCAAAAGGUGGCAAAAAUAUUUUGAUGGUUGCAACAUGGAAUUUGAAGACUUCAUAAUUCAAGGAAUACAAAAUUACUAGACUAAGUGGUAAAUUCACAUAUAGCUCUGAAAAAAAUUUUUAGCAUGGAAAGGCUUAUGACCCCAUUACCUGGGAACAGCCACCUUAAACACCAUUGGCAGCUGCUCAGGGAAAAGGUUAUUGAAACCCCUGGCUCUUUUGUAUCUUAGAUCCUUGGUAAGAACUAAUGAAAGAUUGCUACCACAAAUUCUUAAUGUAUAUAUACAUUUUUCCAUUUAAAAUUAAACACAUUUGCUUGUCUAGAGUUGGUGUCAAUUUAUUGUUGUCACUUUGCAAUAGAAAUUUUACAAGCUUUAUUUUAUAGGAGUGUAUUUCUAAGUCAGCCAUACAAACCAAGUUUGAAUCUCACGCAGUCAGUGGAUUGAAAAUUGCAAACAUGUUAAAGGUUCUUAUGGAACAAGUAGUGGGUUCUGCAUUUCAGCUAAGGUGAGAAACAGAGAGAUGAUUUUUUUCAUUUUGCUUAUUGAUAGUGAUUUUAGUUAAUUGUCAGUUUUGCUGAGUUCAUAUGGUCUUUUUUGUCAAGAUCCAAGCUGGAGAAAGCCAAGAAGGAGCAAGAGAAUAGACUGGAAUAUGUGAAGGAACAGCUUGAAAUCUAUACACAUGAUGCCAAACGCCAGAUCAAGGAAAUCACUUCUAAAGUUGAGGGUCAGGUAAUGAAAUAACUCAAAUGCUCUUUAGGAGGCAUAAGGUUAAAUUUGUGGUUUAUUCAGUCUUGAAUCACGGUCAUUUCAAGUUUUUUACAAUGUAAGGUUCCAUUAAUAAUAGAUUAAACAGUAUGUAAUCAAAUGGAUAACUUUAUUUGAUGUGCUCCUGAAUGCUUGUCAGGUGUCUUUGAUAUGCAUAUUAAAUUUACUUUGAAGUAAGUGGUAACAUCUUAUCAAGUGUUUGCAUAAAUUUUAUCAUCAUAGUGCCUGAGUGCACACAGGUCUAUAUGCACCUAAUUUGUAAUAAGUAUGAUGAUUUAUAGAAGUAAGGAUGAACACAAAUUAGGACACAUUCUUACAGAACUAAUUUGUCAGACCUCUUCUCAGUUUCCACACCCAGAGUGGCUACAUUUACUCCCUCCUGAAAUGGGAAGCUAGUCCACAACAAGCCAAUCCAACAAGCCAAUCCACAACACUUCUUCAUGUUUCAUGACCACUUGUUUGUAUCCAUUUUUACUUUUAGUUCAAGAGAGAGACUGUCAGAAUUAGGUGUCUUGCACAAGCCCACAGCUCGUUGACCUGCUGUGCUCCAACCCAGGCCUCUUGGUCAGGAGUUCAAUGCCCUGACCAAGUAGCCACAUGUGCUGCAUAUUGUUCCUUGUAUCUUUGCUCAUUACAUCAAAGCUUGGUUAGAAGGUCUGAUGUUGCUUACUAAACAAAGUGUUUUCCUUUCUUUAGGUGACUGAGGCUAUGACAGAAGAGAUUGGCCGACUGGGUUUGCUGGUGAAUGAGUUUGAUCAUCCAUUCCAUUCUCAUCCUGGGUUCCUUAAAACAUACAAAAAGGUGAAAGUUACAUGUGUAGACAGUUACACUGUCAAAAUAAUCUGAAAUUUAACACUUUAUCGCUGAUUAUCUCAAUAGGAGUUGUACAAUCACCUUGAGAGGGGCUUGGGAAGGAAUAUGACGGCUCGUUGUUCAAAUUCGCAAACUCAAGUGAUUUGUGAGGCGCAAAAGGAAAUGGCAGGUCAGUGUUCAGGAACUACUCUAUGUUACAUGAAUGAUGUGGGAAUGUGCAUGUGUAUGUAAGCCUAAAAAUUCUUGAAUGAGUAUAUAGUGAAUUGCCGGAAUUAUCUGGAGAAGUCCGUUUAAAAAACAGCUUGCGUCAGUUUACAGAACUGGUCUGACUUAAAACCUUCCUCACCUUUCGCCUGUUUGGUCUUUCCGAUUGUAAGUUAUGCUCGCAUUGUUUUGCACGAGGAUUUUGAUAGCUAUUUGUCAAAACUGUCAAUCAAUGUAAUCACACCGCACUAAUCAGAGGAGCCAUUCGUGGGUAAACAUAUUUCUCAGAAGCUGUGAUUCGCUUGCGAGCCUUCCUGCCUCUUCCCACCCCGCCCCUAUCCUGCGCCUUUUUUCACUAUCGUCCCACCACAUUUCGCGCGGUUAGGAAAUUAAAAAGUUCUUCUUUGGUAAUGGUAAUGGUAACUUUAUUUAUACACGGUAAAUCCUUCAGCAAAUAUUAUAAAAUGAUACAAGAUCAACUAAUUAUCCCUAACUAAACUAACUGACCUAAACUAUAUGCUAAAAGCUGCUUUACAAGGAUGCCGUGUUAAAACUCAUUCAAAACUGUGGUGACGUAUGUUAAGUUUAAACUCAUGUAAAGAUGUUGCUGCACGAAGGUCACUAGAUAGGCUGUUCCACAACCUGGCUCCGCUGUAAGAGAAACUCUCCUUCGAGUAAUUGGUGCGGGGCUGCGGAACAGCCAAUUUAUUUUCAGUAUUCCUUAAUUGGCGAUGUUCUGACGUUUCGAAACACAAAUCUAGAACUCAGAUACUCAGGGGUCAUCUCAUGUAAAGAUUUGUACAUCAUAACAGCAGCUGAUUCAAAUCCUUGAUAUUUGAGUUUACGCCAACCCAGUGCCCGGAACAAUUCAUCGACAAUUCAUCCAGUGUUUCGUAUUGGAACACUAGUUACGGAGGCUAUGCAUUAGGGUAGCAAAAUAAUUGAAGUAAAGCAAGAACUAAGGGCACAUCAUGUAGUCAUAUGGUUGAGGGGAAAAAAGGGGGGGGGAGCUAACAAUAAAGAGGCAUGAGUCCUUAAUGAGGAACCAGUUAUUAUUUAUGGCCGGGGGGAGGGAGGAUUCAGGGGAGGAUCACAUUGUUUUCAGGGGGGAAGGGAAGGAGGAUCAGUCGUCGCCGACAGAGUGAAAAGCGGGACUGGAGAGAAUUGACUGCCAAAUUACUGCCAACGAGAAACGAGGGGGGAGGAGGGGGGAAGGAAUCGCCAGAAUAUUACAGGGCCUUAAGAGGGGAUCUAGUAAAUUUUAUCGCGACAUAACCGACAUCCUCCGAAAUAGCUAUAUUUCUUUUUACCCAGAUCGCCUUCGUAGUCUUCUUCCGCCUGAAACACCAGAGGUAUCUCUUGAGCCCGGCACUCCAGCGUGAGUAUUGUCUUCCUUAAACCAUUAAACCCUAACAUCAGAAUGCAUAUUCUCCAUACUGUGCUCCACACAUUUCUUAAGGUGCUGACAAGGAGAAUUUGUGAAACAAUCAAGAGCUUCUUUAGUUGGCGUUUAUCUCCUUUAUUCUCAUGACCUUAAUGUUUUAUUCAUGGGUGAUAUUGUAAGGAGAAAUUAGAUGCUGGUCAAGGAGUAAGAUCUACUAACUCACUAUAACGAGACAUCAGGACCACUGGCUUUAGGAAUCCAGGAGGCAGACAACCAGGAGGAGAAAGGAAUAAACAUCCGUUUUUCUUGUUACUAAUUUCUUUAUCGUGUUUAUUUAUUGUAGUCUUGAUUUCCAAGCGAGCUACAAACUGGACGUGCCCAGUCUGUGCACUGAUUUUCAUGAAGAUAUCGAGUUUCACUUCUCUCUUGGCUGGCAAGCGAUUUUGAGGAAGUUCUUGGCGCCUCAUAAUGCUGGACUAGCCAUCGCUUUGGGAGCGAAUGUAAGAACACUUGUUUAAUAGUAGAGUAACAAAGAAUGAAAAAAAUUACGCUUGUCAAAGAGGAGUUAAGAUCGAAGGAGCACAUGAAGAGCAUUAAAAAUUUUGUAACAACAAACGGAAAUCUUUUCAUGUCAUUCUAUUUUAAACAAGGGAAAUAGCUGAAAGCCAUUUCUGAGUUGUUGUUUCGAUCCACAAUUAACUUCUCCGCUCCGUCACUAUGGCCUUCCAUUCUUGUAAGACAUUUGAAUGCUUGACAGCCGAAAAACACAACUUGGAUAAACUACUCCGGGAUGACUUAAACCCUCACUCUAGGAAAGAAAAAGGCGGUGGUUGAGUAGCUAAUUACUGUAAAUAAGUGAUAACGUUCCCAACGAAAUUAGGAAAACACAUGCUGUUGUAGAAGGUUAGAAAAAAAUGGAAAAGGAAGAGAAAGAAAUUUUCUUUCACUUGGAAUCGAUCCUAAAACUUUUCGCUUGAGAGAUGAAGUGCAAUUUAUUGCGCCACAGUUGUACUAAGGUCAGAUGGAUAUCUCGCCCCUAGAUAAUUUCUUUUCGAACUGUAGUGGCUCAUAGCAACUUUGAUUUGGUUUAAGCUUCAGCGAAAUGUGCAGAACUUGGUACCUACCGCACAACCGUGUUCCGCGGAGGCAAGAACUGGGACUAGUUCACAGGCACCUUCAUUACGUGACGUUAUGAAACGUCCCGAGGGUGAUGACGUCACGUUGGCGGUCGUGCAAGGUUUAGCUUCACUAACGUCACGCACUGGUACGCUGGUGGUCAUAGUUGGAGGACUGGUAAGGGUUAAAAUAUUUUAUUGAGUCAGAGAACCUCAGACAUAAAACACAGCGGUCAAACGUUGGGCAUGCGCGAGGGGAUCAAUUAUUGCCGGCCUUGCUUCAAUUUCCGCAUAAAUUUCAAGGGAAAAAAGGGGAAAAAACUGCUGUCCUGCAAAGUAAGCAAACGAAAAUUGAAACGUUCAUAUAAAUCAGCUGAAGGAAAAAAAGCAGGGAAAAGGAAAAACGCGUGACUUUCCUAACACUAAGCUUUUUUAAGUUAUGGUAUCCUGUUGAUCUACCGAACUAUUACUGGCUUGUGUGGUUUAUUGGUAACUCGUGUGAGACAACUUGUAUUUGACAGCCUGAAAGCGCACCACCCAGUCAUUACAACUUUCGCACAUGCGUAUACGUUUGACCGCGGUACAGACAAAUUGCAUCGCUCAAAAAUGUAGUUUGAAUUUCCGCGCAACAUUGCAGCGUUAUGUAUGCCCACACGAAGCGUCCAUUCCAAUUGAUGUUUCUUUAAUCGCAGAUUUGGAAGACGGUAGGAUGGAAGUUCAUAGCUUUGUGUGGUGGGUUAUACAGUGGAGUGUAUGUAAUUGAGAGGGUACGUUGGACCAAUGGUGCUAAAGAGAAGGCUUUCAAACGACAGUUUGUGGAUUACGCUUCUGAAAAGCUUCAGUUAGUGGUCAGCUUCACUAGCGCCAACUGCAGUAUACAAGUGCAACAGUAAGUUUGGCUGCCAUGUGAUUUUUGAAGCGUCUUUGAUGUGAUUGUUGGUAAGAUUUUCUUUCACCCACAAAGGCGUGUGAAUGGUUUUUGCUUCAAUUUAUACCUCGUGGUCUGGCCAAUCGGAUAAGGUGUCAUUCUUUUGACCAAUUAGGUCGCAAAUCGUUAAGAGUCGCGAAUUUUUCCGCGGUUUACACUCGGUGUCUUGUCAAUCAGACCAGAUGUCACGCUUUUGACCAAUCAGGUUACAAAUUGCUCGACAGACGCGAAUUUUCCCGCGCUUUACGCUCGGUGCCAAACAUUGAUUUGCCCCUCAAUUGAUUCUGCCGCCUAACAGCCCCAUUUUAAGCCAAAGGUUAAGCCAUUUAUCUCAUUGAUACCUUUCUGCUCAAGUGACUGUCGUGUUUGCCAAAAUGCUAUCAUCGACUUGUUCAAACUCAAGCUCUCUAGCUCACAGUAGAAGGUAAAUUCACUUGACUUGAAACUGAAUGUUAAAACGGUGCCAUAUGAUGAAAGGCUGGAAGUGUUAAUUGGAUGACACAAGCGUAGUAACUUAACGAUUCCAGAAUAGUCUAUGGCUGUUUGAUUUUGCACCCAUUCGGUAUGCUAUUCAAAGCAUGCAAAGCCUUAAGUGUCUUCAACUCUGUCAUACUAUCAUUUCAAUUCCAAGAAAACAAUGCUAUUUGGUGUUAAAAGUGUUAAUUCAAUGGCCUUUUCAGCCUGAAAACGGAUUGAUUCUGAAGAGGAACUUUUACACUUCAAUUGUCUUUGGGUUUUACUGAAUAACACGAGUAGAAUAAUUUCUCAUACUUGUUUGCUAUUUUGAUCUUGUUAUGAGGAUUACUGCGAAUUAAUUCCUCUUGUUUGUAGUAUGUGGUGUUAUCAGCUUAAAGUCAAAUGUUAGACGGAUAUUCCACAAGUUCAUUCCGGUCUUAGCUAUGUAAUCUUGUUACAGUGCGUGUGUCGGCUCGUUCGCUUUUGAUGUCGCGAUAUUUUAACGGUUUGGCGAUAAGAUACAUGACAAUGCCAAAUCCCCGAUUACUUCAGAUAAUGAAACAUUUGAUUUUAAUUCAUUUCAGAGAACUGACGUCAACCUUCGCGAAGCUAAAGUCUCUGGUUCAGAGAGCCAAGGAAAACUUGGAAGAAAACAUCAUCGAAUUAUAUAAAGAAAUAACAAGGCUUGAGAAAAUCGAAAACGAUGCGAAAAUAUUAAGGUAAUUCUGUCCUACGUAUUGGCAAUUGAUUAAUGACAACAGCUAUUGCAAAAACUGAGGUUUGGGGAGGGAAGGGUAGAAAUGAACAGUGAAAUGGGGGUGAGGUGAGGGAAAAUGAUUUUCCUUUGAACCAAAUGUAUCAUAACCGCCCUCUUCACAUUGGGUUGGCAUUCUCCCUCGCCGAAGGGAACAAGGUGGCAUGGAUAAGUGAUUACCCACGGCAUCAGAGACUGGCAUUCCUAAGAAAGGAUUUUGCGAAGUGAGAAUUACUCCUUGCUUCUUUAUAGAACAUCAUCUCAUCUUAGGAAAUAUCUUUUCUCAAGGGAAAGGGGAUAGUAGUGAUUGGGGAUUACCCUCUACCCCCUUCUUAGACAACCUCCUCAUCCUCAGAAAUGGAGCAUCGUUUGUAAACAUUAGCAUUUGGAGUUUGCAGCAUCAGAAGUUCUAAGUGAGCUCGCUUUCUGUUCUUAGGAACAAAGCAAGUUGGUUCGAAAGCGAACUUUCCCAAUUCAUCACCGAGUUUGGUUUGGAAAAGAGCAAGAUUUGAAAUCUGAUGAAGUAAGACGCUCUGGAAUAAAGGAAUAUAGGCGUGAACGCUGCGUACCUGCCUGUCAUGUUACUAAACUGAACGAUCUUUACACGAGUCAAGUCAUCCUUUUCUCCAUAAUGCUUCGCUGAAGAUAAUGUCCACUUUUAGGAGACUCGUUGUAAAUUAUAAUUAUUACGUUAAUGACAAUUUUGUGUUUGAUGCGGAAAGAGCAUGUCCAUCUUGCUUCGUUUUCUCUUCAGUGAUCCAACCAGAACACGAAAGCUUGUAAAUAAGGUUCAUCCGCUUGACUGGUUGAAAUAUUUGAACAAGCACUUCAAAUUUCCAAAGAGAUUAUAAUUCCCUUUGGUUGAAACGGGAAAUGGAAUUUCAGAGCGAGUUACCCAGUUCCAUCCAAACACGACGAUGCUAAACAUAAUAUUGUAAAUGGUCAUGAAUUCGAAUUAUAUUAUCUAUAAUUCGAAAGGUUUUUUUUUCUUUAAAUAGCAUAUUUAUCGAAAACGCUCCCGUUUUGAUUGAGGUUGUAAUGAGGAUGGGCUAAAGCGAUUAGUUUUUCUUUCAAGAGUUAACUCGUUCCUAAGGGUUUCCUCCUCUACACCCAAAGGCCCCAAGAACUCGUGAUGGUGGCUAAAACGCUGAGACCUUGACGUUGAAGUAAGAGGUUGAUAGUAGCCAAUGAGAGGUCUCUAUGACCGAAAGUCGGUCACCAGGGACACAAAACUAGGUAAAAUGAUUUAUAUGAAAGGGAAUUUACAUUGAAGGGCUCUUGCAGUGCUUUUCGUUUCGGUUUGAUUGAGGAGUUUAUUCCCUGUCAGUCAGUCUAAUGGCAUGAUACCACACGCCACUCUUUGCGCCAGGAGCACUUACUACUUUUUCCGCGAUAGAAUUCUAGAGGAGAAGGAAAACUAACAUACUGUUUUAUUGAGUUUAUAUAAUGAACAUAGAACGUUGAGAAAGCUCAAUUUUUUGUUGUAGUAAUAUUAAAGGUUGGUUGUGGUUCACAGCUGAUGCAAUUUUCCUAGUCUUGUGGAGUAUUUGAUAAUCUUUGUUGGGUCACGAAAUGUUGCAUGAUUCUUUUACCUCGAUUAAUGUUAUCUGGUUUACAAAUGCAAUGGUCUGAAUUUGUCCGUUCUCUGACUGUGAGGUUUAUUUUUACUAGCCGAGAAUGUCUGACAGGGCUUAUACUAAUGAAUAGUUAAUAAACAAGAAGAAAUUUAGUUUACUGUGUGGGGUGUAUCACCUGUUACAAAAUCUGAAGUGACUUUGAGGUCUAGCUGAUGAAAGUCAUUUUAUCGAGUAAUUCUCUUUUUGACCAUUACUUAUUUUUACUCGAAUUUUAGCCUGAGGUGCAGGCGUCUUAUUAAAGUGAGUUGAUGUCACACGUUUACCAUCACAAAUGUCUGCUUAAUCCUUUUCCUCCUAAAUGUGACUAGCAUCCAAUUUCUCCUCACAAUAUCUCCUCAAAAUCACUCAUUUAAGUCACAAGAAAAAAGAGGAAUGGUCAAUAACUAAAGGAGCUCUUGAUUGUUUCACAAAUUCUCCCUGUCAGCACCUUAAGAAGCAUAUCGAGAACAGUAUGGAGAAUAUGCAGACUGAUGUUGG